AUGAAGCUCAGCGUUCUCCUUGCCUUGGGUGCCAGCUCUUUGGCCGCUGCUGCCCCAGCUGCUACUGCCUGUGACUGCGGUGCUGCCGUCACCGAUCGCCUGCUCUUUAGCUCCUCCAUUUCUACCUUCCAAGCCGCCCGCAACGCCCUUAACCCUCCAUGCUGCGACUGGAGCUCUGACAACUGUUCCAGCUCCCCAGACAAGCCACGGGGAUACGACUUUAUCCCAUCCUGCCAGCGUCACGACUACGGAUACCGUAACGGAAAGAGACUCAACCGUUUCACUGAGGACUACCGCAAGAAGGUUGAUGACAACUUCAAGGCUGACCUUUACAACUACUGCAGCCAGUUCUCUGGCCUCGAGAGCUGGAAGGGCGUUGAGUGCCGCCGAUAUGCCGACAUCUACUACUUUUUCGUCCGCGAAUGUGGUGACGGUGAUUGCCCUUAA